AUGCAGGCAUACCAGUCUGUCCCUACCAGAUGGGUUUCUGUCGACGGGUCUAAGAUUGCUUAUCGACGGAUUGGAAAACCAGGGGCCGUGCCUCUUCUUUUCAUUACCCACUUUCGCGGCACUAUGGACGUCCUAGACCCCCUGCUGAUUAAUAGCAUUGCUCGAAACAGAGAGGUGAUUCUGUUCGAUAACACCGGCGUGGGUCACAGUGAGGGGACUGUUCCGGACUCUCUACCAGCGAUGGCUCUCACUACUGUGGGGUUUCUUACUGCCAUCGGUGUCGAUAAGGCAGACAUCAUUGGCUUCUCUAUGGGCGGCCUCAUCGCACAAUACAUUGCUGUGGACCAUCCGCACUUUGUCAAUAAGCUUGUUCUGGCUGGGACACAGUCGGGAUAUGGUGACGGCGUGGCUUAUGCGCCGCCAGAGGUGCUAGAGAGCCUAAGCGUUCCCGGCCAACCCCUCGAGGAGGAUAUAGUACCUCUUUUUUUUACGCCGACCGAGACCAGCCGCGCACUUGGCCAUCAAUGGUUUGAGAGAAUUAUGGAGCGGCAUGUUACUGGAGAAGAGGCAAAGGGAUUCCUUGAAGGCCCUGGCGUCACUGCACAGCAUACCGCGAUAUGGAAAUUCGCCUCAGAUCCAGAAAUAUUCGAAAGACUAGGAACAAUCAAGAUGCCGGUCUUGGUGACGAAUGGGCAGAAUGAUAUUAUGGCACCGACAGUCAACAGCUAUAUACUACAGCGGAAGCUGCCUAAUGCUGAGUUACAUAUUUAUGCUGACUCCGGCCACGGGCAUCUCUUCCAGAUGCCUGAAACUUAUGCGAAGCAAUUGGAGCUAUUCUUGGGGCGUUAA